ACCCGCCUGCCAUCAAUAAACCGAAUCACUCAAAACCCACGCUAAACCCCCGGAAAUCAAGCAACUCAACAGCAUCUACAAGGUCCUUGAGAAUGAGCGGUGGGUACAUUGGCUCAAAGAUCAGCUUGAUCUCACGCUCUGAUAUCCGCUACGUUGGAAUCCUCCAUCACCUGAACCCCACGGACUCCACGGUUGCCCUCGAGCAAGUUAAGUCUUAUGGAACAGAGGGCCGUCGUGGCAACCCUUCAGAGGAGAUCCCCCCGAACGACAACAUUUUCGAGUACAUCGUCUUUCGUGGUUCGGACGUGAAGGAUCUGCAUGUAUGCGAGCCCCCAGCGCCCCAGCCUCCAGUACGUCCCCAGGUCCCAGAUGACCCUGCAAUCCUUGGUACCACAGCACCUCCUCACUACUACAACCAGCAUCAACAGGCACCACCUGCCGGUUACUACCAGCCUCAGCCCCAGCAGCAUCCAGUUCAGCCUCAGUAUCAGCAGCAGCCCCAGGUUGCCCAGCCACCCCAGAAGUUGCCUUCGCCUCCCCACCAUGUCAUCAGCACUCAGGAGAACGAUGAUCCCAAGCGUUCGCCAGCUGCUGAUGGAAAGGCAAUGGCUAAAGAGACGGAUCAGCAUGACAAGUCCGACUCUGAGACCAUCAAACCUGCUCCCCCACCAGCCCGCUCAGGCGCCAAGACCCAGCCUCAGGAACUUCGCAAGUCGGUUGAAAUCCUUGCCAAACAAGUGAGCGAGCUGAAUGUUACUAAGGAUGCGACUGAGCAUGUGCAGCAUGAAAAUGACGGCAAGUUUACCAACAACCGUCUUCCUGGAAUGGGUGGUCAUUUGUUGCAAUCAAAUAACAAUCGUCGAGGCGGUCGUGGUGGACGUGGUGGAGCCCAUGGACACACGAGCAAUGCUCGUUCCCCAGCUGUGCCUGCUUCUGAUUUUGAUUUUGAGACUGCAAACGCCAAGUUCCACAAGGACGAGCUCGCCAAGGAAGUCAUCAAGACUGACGACCAUCAAGUCGAGGCUGAAGAGGAGGAGGAGGUAAUCAUUCCUCAGGCGGAAGAGUUUUACGACAGGUCCAAGUCCUUCUUUGACAACAUUUCGUGUGAGACCAAGGAGCGUAUGAACAAGGCUGAGCAAAGCCAAGGGAAUCGUCUGAGCGCACCCGAGAGACGGGCCAAGCAGUCAGAGGAGCGUCAAUUAAAUCUGGAGACAUUUGGCCAGACUUCAGUCGACCAGGGCCGUUUCCGUGGUGGAUAUCGUGGCGGCUAUCGCGGUGGUUACCGCGGAGGCCCGCGUGGAGGUGGUGGUUACCGCGGAGGCUAUAACGGAGGCUACAACGGAGGCUACAACGGAGGCAUGGGAUACAACAACAGUGGACGUGGGGGUCAUCACUAUAACACCAACCGCGGCGGGCACCAUAACCAGCAGUAUCAGCACCAGCAACAAGACCAAAAUCAACAGCAACAGCAAGUAUAGGCCUAAAGCGGUUUCAACGUGGAGAAGGUGAAAGGGAGGGGUGAGUGUGCCAGGUCUGCAAAAUGUACAGUAAUGAACGUUAGUUUAUCUUGCGGAAUGGAAAGUACAAAAUAAAGCAAAGGAGUAGAGGACACAUUGAUACAAG